ACUUCCUUAUCGCAUCUAAAUCUGACGUGUGUGAUGUAGACACGCAAAAUUGUCCGAGGCUAAUUAAAGAUCAGGUCGAGGAAAGGAUCAAGUUAGGUGCCAAGUCCCAGGCUCCCAGCAGGCCACCGUGUGAAUUUGCACAGGGAAAUCAUGGAGCCCCUGCGGCUCGUCUUCCUCCUACUCUGCUUCUUCCCCGCUCUCCAUCCUUUCUGCUCCGCCGAGGCGGCUCCGACGCUAGUCACCAGCCUUCCGGGCUUCGACGGCGCCCUCCCGUUCCGCCUCGAGACCGGGUACGUGACCGUGGACGAGGAGAACGGCGCCGAGCUCUUCUACUACUUCAUCGAGUCCGAGGGCGAUCCGCGGCGCGACCCGGUCCUCCUCUGGCUCACCGGCGGCGACCGCUGCUCCGUGCUCAGCGCGCUCUUCUUCGAGAUAGGCCCGUUGAAAUUCAUCAUAGAGCCAUACAAUCAGAAUGGAACCGUCCCACGCCUGAGGUACCAUCCCUACUCUUGGACCAAGGUCGCGAGUGUCUUGUUCAUUGACUCGCCGGUCGGCGCCGGCUUUUCCUUCUCCCGGAACCCCAAGGGCUAUGACGUUGGAGAUGUCUCUUCUUCGCUGCAGCUCAAAACGUUUCUCACCAAGUGGUUCACUGAGCACCCGGAUUACCUCGAAAAUCCUUUCUACCUCGGAGGAGACUCGCGCGGUGGGUUGUUCGUUCCAUUCCUCGCACAGAAGAUCUCAGAAGAUAUUGAAGCUGGAUUGAGCCCGAUAAUUAAUCUGAAGGGGUAUCUGGUAGGCAACCCGGGUACAGGCGAAAGCAUUGAUAGUGAAUCAAGAGUGCCAUUUCUUCACGGAAUGGGGAUCAUUUCAGACCAGCUGUACGAGACGAUAAAGGAGCACUGCCAACCAGGAUAUUAUCUCACCCCCAAGAAUAUGCUUUGCGCUCAAGCUAUGGACAGAUUCAACACAUUGUAUGAUGAAAUCUCCCAUUCACACGUUUUGUAUAAGAAGUGCUUUUAUGUGUCUCCCCGCCCAAACGAUCCUACCAUAGAAAGAAAGAUCUUGAAGGAGGAAGUCAGAGUACUAAAAACCCCACCACCUCGUCCUCCAAUGGAUUGCCAAAAUUAUGGUAACUACUUGUCGUAUUUCUGGGCCAACAACAACAUCACUAGGGAAACUCUUGGGAUUAGGAAGGGGAGCAAGGACGAAUGGGUGAGAUGCCAUGAUGGAGAUCUACCGUAUUCUUCAGACAUCAAGAGCAGCAUAAAGUACCACCGUAAUAUAACGACAAAAGGUUAUCGUGCCUUGGUUUACAGUGGAGACCAUGAUGCUGUUGUACCAUUUCUGGGUACACAGUCUUGGGUGAGAUCACUCAAUUUCCCCAUCGUGGAUGAAUGGAGAGCUUGGCAUCUUGAUGGACAAUCCGCUGGAUUCACGAUAACAUACACGAAUAACCUGACGUUCGCUACCAUAAAGGGUGGUGGACACACUGCGCCGGAGUUCCAACCAGAGAGAUGCCUCUCUAUGUUCAGCCGUUGGAUUUAUGGUGGACCCCUUUGAUUAAUGUUUUUGAUUAAUGUGUGUGAUCUAGAAAUACAUAAUGUUUGGAUGGAAAGAAAUAUUAUGUGAGGAUGUGGGUCUAUUUCAUGGAUAACUUAUUUUCAUAUUUUGCAUACUAGAUUUGUAUUUGCUAAUUUUUAUGUU